CCCACACGCGUGUAAUAGCUUUCCUGCUUCUUUAAAGAAGCACACCGUAACGGCACACGGUUUAAAAGGACUGAAACCUGCAGUCCACGCUUGCGCGACAAAGAUCCGCUUGCCACCGCCGUUCUUACCACCUUUCCUAAGACUCUAAUCAGCAAAGAUGCCUUCCGCUGCUUCUCUCAAGUCCAAGCAGGCGUACAACGACCGCCUCUGCGCGCUCCUCGAUAACCACACCCGUGCGUUCAUCGUCGGCGCCGACAAUGUUGGCUCUCGCCAGUUCAUGGACAUCCGCGCGGCGCUCCGCCCCCAGUCCACUGUCCUCAUGGGCAAGAACACCAUGAUCCGCAAGUGCAUUCGCGAGUACUGCGAACGCAAGGGCGACGACACCUGGAUGGCCCUCGCCGAGAAGAUGAUCGGCAACGUCGGCGUCAUCUUCACCACCGGUGAGAUGGGCGACGUCAAGGAGAAGAUCAAGGAGUUCGUCGUCCCCGCGCCCGCCAAGGCUGGCGCCGUCGCCCAGGUUGACGUCACCGUCCCGGCGGGUCCCACCGGCAUGGAGCCGUCGCAGACCAACUUCUUCCAGACUCUCAACAUCGCCACCAAGAUCAACAAGGGUGCGAUCGAGAUCCUCUCCGACGUGACCGUCGUCAAGGCUGGCGAGAAGGUGACCUCCUCCGCGGCGACCCUCCUCGGCAAGCUCGGCUUCACCCCGUUCACCUACGGACUCGAGGCGCAGUACGUCUACGACAACGGCAACGUGUUCGACGUCAAGGUGCUCGACAUCACCGACGACGCCAUCGCGGCGAUGUUCGGCGCGGGUCUCAAGAACAUUGCGGCGCUCUCGCUCCAGGCGAACUACCCCACCAUCGCCGCCGUUCCCCACGCCAUCAUCAACGGCUACAAGAACGUGCUCGCCAUCGCCGUCGGCACCGACUACACCUUCCCCCUCGCGGACAAGGUCAAGGAGUACCUCGCCAACCCCGGCGCUUUCGCCUCCGCGGCUCCCGCCGCGGGCGGCGGCGGCGGUGCCGCGGCCAAGGCGCCCGAGCCCGAGCCCGAGGAGGAGGAGGAGGAGGGCAUGGACUUCGACCUCUUCGAUUAAGCGUCGAAUGAUGUCGGAUGUUUGUGUUCACCGCUGGCGUCCACCAGACUUUGAAGUAUAAAAGCGACGAGAUGGCUUAGCCGCGAAGACAUCACUUUGUUAUUCACGACUAAGGUCUUAAG